CUCUAAUUGAGCUCAAGAAACUGGGUGAAGUUAACGGCCAAGAAUCGUGGCGUAGAGAGGAGCACCGAAGAUUAUCUGAUAUUAUACAGAGUCGGAUCUAUAACCUUCAGUUUCCUAACGUUUGCCAAACCAAACGGAUACUCGUUUGUGAUCUGAAGAAUCCUGCUGGUCUGGCUUCACGAAUACACGACAUCUUGUGGUGUCUCAUCAACUCGUACCGAUUAAACCAGACUAUGGUGCUAGUAACGAAGCAUUGGGAAAAAUCCUUCGGCAAAUGGGAAAAAGUCUUCAAACCUCUAAGCUCUUGUGAUGUACCUCAACUGAAGAAACCUAGCCCAUGGCCCGGCAUUAACAACGCUGUAAAUCGUGAGUUGCUCAGGUCUCUGCCUGCGGAUCUUCUUCCGUCACUAAAGCUAGUUUCCGACAGCCCAUUAGCCUGGUGGUAUGGUCAGUUUAUCAAGUUCAUUCUUCGACCCCAGGAAGAACUGCUAAGUUAUGUGAAGACUAUCAAAGGUUCAGAUUUUAUUCAUCCAAUUGCAGGCUUACACGUUAGACGAACUGAUAAGAUUGGCACAGAAGCCUCGGGUUGGAAAGUAGAGGAAUAUAUGGUUCACGUAGAGGACUUUUACAGUCAGUUGGAACUGGAACAUUCUGUGCCAGUUAAGAGAGUUUACGUGGCAACAGAUGAUCCCAAAGUAUUAAGAAGCUUACAAAAAAGUUACAAAAACUACACUUUUCUCACCAAUCCAAAAGGAACAGCGACAGCUAAGGUGGUGAAGAAUCGUUACAGCAUGAAAUCACUUUUUGGGGCAGUUACGGACGUUUUCCUGCUAGCGCACACAGACUUUCUUGUUUGUACAUUUUCAUCCGGGUUUUGCCGCUUGUCCUACGAACUCAUGCAAACAGAUGCAGAUUUUUCCAGGAAAGCUCACUCCUUAGAUGUGGAAUACCAUUAUGCCGGUUCUUUACCUCCAUCUCGUCAAGUGUUGUACUCGCACUCUCCACUUUUUAACUACGAGAUGGCGCUGCAAGUAGGAGAUGUUCUAACGAAAGGAAAUGAAUACGACAUCGUGAACGAAGCCAAAGAAGGGAGGUUAUGGGACGGCUACAACAAAGCUUAUAACUUACGAACAAAACUCAUGUCUCUCUAUCCAACAUAUAAAACUAAACCACUGACUAUAGUGGGAGAUUUUCCUAAGUACGCUAACGUUAAGUUAGUAUCUCCAUCUCCUGACAAGGAUUUCGAAAAUCUAUAAAAACCGGUACCCCCCCCCACCACCAUUACCAAUAAAAUAAAUAAACAAAAACUAAUAAUGCAACUUUAUAC